AUGACUAGCGAAGAUGUAAAGACAAAGCUCGAUCACCUGAAUCAAGCCAAAAAUCUCGCUUUAAAUGAUCCCAAUUUCUAUCCAGACAUCCUGAAAGGGAUCCUACCCGUCAUUGUCGCGUCAGACGGCGCAAUUGAGCUACGACAAUGGGGGUCAGACUUUUUAGCGGAAACAUUUUCUUCGCCUCAGAUAUCAUCCCAGACGAAGCAAGAGCUUGCAUUGACGUGUCUCGAGCAUCUAUUGACCUUGCUGAACGAAUUAGAGACGGGGAUUCUCAAGAACGUUAUUCAAUCCCGUACUACAGGCUCUGUUGGUGGCGCCGUGAGCGGACAGUUCCUGUCCCGUACACGGUCCAUCUCAGAAACUGCCAUAUGGCAGCAGAUGGUUGCCAUAAAGGCGAAGAUUCUAAGCAUGCUGGACAGAGGCUCUGAAGGAGUGCGACUGGGUUGUAUCAAAUUCGCCCAGAGGAUUAUAUUAGUCCAGACUCCAGGCGCAUCGGACCCACGACUUGUCGACAAAUCUGAAGUGUCUUUGACUAUCGUGCCACUGAACCAUCCAGUACUUAAUAUCCAUGCACUAGAGGCUGAAGCCCAUGGCCUACUAGAUCGUCUCCUAAAUGUUUUCCAAGAUGGCAAAUUAGACGCCCCCAUAAUUACUGCGAUCCUGAAUUCGUUACCGGCGCUCGUCAAGGGACGCGCAGCGAUUUCAAACAAAAUUCUUAACAUCUUGAUGUCUUACAACCCGUUGCCCGUAGCGGCCAAGUCAAUGGUUUUCAAAGACCGCUUCGUAGCCAGAAGCUUAGAGAAAACUCUCAGGACUGUAUUGAAUCACCUUGCAAGAGCUAGUUCAGGUGGCCCUCACGCAGGGAAAAUACAGCAGCAUAUCCAACGAUUACUACAAUCAAAAUCCGAGUUCUCAAUCGAUGUUCCAAAGAGCAAUAAGCGAGUUUUAUCGGGGUCGGACGGUGACUCCGUCAAGCGGACGAAGUAUACACGUCCUGACGCCGAAGGCGAAUACACGCCCACCCCACCGCCUCCGACAAUUCAAGUCCAACCGAGUAAUGGUACGACAUAUAAGACUCUCUAUACCCUUACGGGCGAUCAGGCACUAUCGAAUUUCGAUGUAUCUCAAUUGCCGCUUGAAAUGGCAACUCAGAUCACCCUUGCGACGAUGUAUUCCAUCGAUGCAAAUGUGUUAGAAUCAGCAGUUGCGGCUAUCAGGCAACGAUUGGGCAGCCUCGUCCGAGCGGCAGCUACUGCGGCCAGCUCUCGGCCACCCCCGCCACCCCCACCUCAGCUCGAUGAUGAUGAUGACGAUUAUGUACCGGGAGGAGGGGAUGAUGUUUCCGAUGAGCCCUCUAAAACUAGUCUAGAUGCUGUCACCUACUCCGACGAUUCUGACGACAGUUACGAGGUUACAGACCUCGUCCCUACAACUGCGAAGGGUAAGGCUGCGGCUAUGGAACUGGUCAAGAUGCCCGACCUAUCACCAGCUCAGAUCCAAGAAGCGUGUGAAGGAACGCUAGAUCGCAUGUUUGAAACGAUAGCUACGUUGGACAAACCGGUCAAAAAGGAGCGGACGGGAUUGGGUCGCCUUGCUGCUACCAACUGGGACAGGGAUGGAUGGAUUACCAUCCUUUCUAGACUCAGUACUAGAGGCCUCAGCGGUAUCGACGCGGAAAUCACUGCCAAGGCCCAAGAGGACCGAAUGCACUACGAAGCCCUCAGUGCACAGGUCCGACAGAAACUAUACAUGUAUGUCAUAGGCGACUUCCGUACGCGUAUGGAUGCCGCUAUCGCUUGGUUAAACGAAGAGUGGUAUAACGAUCGACUCCAAGAAAUAUCGGCACGAGAAAACAAUAAUAAAACCCCUCUAGAACCGCAGUACGCCAAAUGGAUGGCUAAGAUCAUGGAUGGAAUCUUCCCUUAUCUGGAGACUACAGAUAGAAACAUAUUUCUAAGAUUUUUGAGCGAGCUUCCGGCAAUCCCGGCACCAGUUCUGGCCAAUAUCCGAGGUCUAUGUUUGGAUCCAGAGCGUUCUAACUUGGGGUUUUUAGCGUUUCAAUAUCUUUGUAUGCUAAAGCCUCCAGUCAGAAAUGACGUGCUAGAGAUCGUUGAAGAACUUUGGAGCAACCACAACGAUGUCAAAACCGCCGCGCGAAAGCUGCUAGUCAAGUUCCGCCCCCAUGUUGUCGGCCUUCCACCAAAGGAGUCUACGUAA